AUGCCCGCUCGCCCCAUGGUCCAACAGACGCCCUCGACUCUUAUCUGCCGUUUCAGGUACGGCCCCCGGAAGAGGUGGAGGGGAAAGGACAAGGCUCCGUCUCGGUGCGAUCCUGACGUCGACGCUGGGGCCACCCGCGGAAGCGAGGCGGGGGCGCUCGAGUUCUGCGUUUUUUUCGCGAGAGGGGCUUGCGCGCGGGGCUAUAGCUGCCACAAGCUCCACUUCGUCCCUACACCGGAGGAUGACGCCCGCGAGGACAACAUGCAUGACUGUUUCGGACGAGAGCGAUCGGGGGUGGAAGACGAGGACCGUGAUGGUGCCGGGUGCUUCUUGAAGGAGAACCGAACCCUGUGGGUGGGCGGGGUCCCCGUGUUCGACGAGGCGUCGGCGAGGGAGAGGGUGCGUCAAAACUUCGGGCCUUUGGGGCGCAUCAGCUCCGUGCGGCUGGUGAAGAGCAAGGUGAGUCUGCUCAUGUUGGACGGCUGCAAAAUAUCUUGA